GACGCGCGGCGGGGAGAGGUUAUGGUUGAAAUUAUAAAUCAUUUGGGAGGUUAUUUAACUCAUGGAUUUGGAGCGAUGCAAGUCCGCUGUAGGAUGAGUUGCGCAUGCGUGAUUUUUAAGAUUCUGACCCGCAAGAAGAAACCGCUGAGGCAAUAAGUGAAGUCUGCCAUGAGUGCCAAAGUGGAGCUGGAUGUUUCAGCCAAAGAAGCAGAUCCCAAUCCUUCCAGUGAUGCCCUCUCCUCCAAUGACAGCCUGUCAAAGAAGACACACCCACAGACCACAGCACUCAUCCUGCCAGCCCCUGUUCCCAGUACACAGAAGGUGGAGGUCUCUCCGGGUGCUGCUGAGGCAGAUAAUGGAGCCACUGCUGGAGAGGUGGAAACCCCCACUCUAGCCCCCCAGGUUGGGGGAGCCUGUAGCAUCGUCCAUGUACUGGAGUGGAAAGAAGGGAUGGCCAUCUUACCCAGCAACAACCUUAAGUUCUGUGUGAGUGACUGUGGAACACUGGAGAUGAUCAGCCAAGAAAAAAUCAGCAGUGCUGAACCAGCAGUAAUGGUGUCUGGGAAAAUACCUGACUCCAAAAACAGGCCAACUAACAAAACAGAUAUGGUGUCUCCUCUCAGCUCUGUGGGUGGUGUGGCUGUGGAACAAGAGAGGCCCAUCAAGAUUGAGCCUAAGACCCAGGGAGGGCCAGGACAACAGGAGAGCUGUGAUCCUAUGGCACAGAGAACCUACCCAGAGCAGCUACGCAGGGAGCCUAUGACUGACAAGAGGGGGGGAGGCACAGAUAAGAUUCCCGGGGGCAGGGUAGCAUCUCUGGACCCUGAGCUGCUGAAACCCAUGAAGAAGAGGAAGAGGAAGGACUACCUGAGUCCGUCAGAGGAAGAAUCUGAGCUGGAUGGAAUGGAUUACUUGAAAACAGAAAGCAGACACAACAAAGCAGGUGCUGUUGAAGUCCAUAUGGAUCUGUGGACAUGGGGACAGUAUCUGGAGGAGACCAAAGCAGUGGCAGCUCCGGCCAAACUCUUUCAAGAGUCUCAGAGAGUCCCUCAGUGCAAAAGCAGCUUCCGCCAGGGCAUGAAGUUAGAGGGCAUCGACCCGCAGCACCCCUCCAUGUACUUUGUUCUGACUGUGGCUGAGGUUUGUGGCUACAGGCUGCGUCUCCAUUUUGACGGAUACUCAGACUGUCAUGACUUCUGGGUAAAUGCCAACUGCCCCGACAUCCACCCGGCGGGAUGGUGUGAGAGCACUGGACACAAACUCUACACCCCCAAAGGCUGCAAAGAGGAGGAGUUCUCCUGGGCCAGCUACCUGAAAAUGAGUAAAGCACAAGUUGCCCCUAAAGAGGUGUUUGCCAGCCCUGGAAGAACGGAUACGGAGUGUGGUUUUGAGGUGGGCAUGAAGCUGGAGGCGGUCGACCGCAUGAACCCCUCUCUCAUUUGCGUGGCGACCGUGACUGACGUGGUGGACGACCGCUUCCUGGUUCACUUUGAUAACUGGGACGACACGUAUGACUACUGGUGUGAUGCCAGCAGUCCAUACAUCCAUCCUAUUGGCUGGUGCCAAGAGAGGAGCCUCCCCCUCACGCCACCUCAAGAUUACCCAGACCCAGGCAGGUUCUCCUGGCCAAGGUACCUCGACGAGACUGGCUCUACCGCCGUGUCUGCUGAGGCUUUUAAAGUGCGUCCUGCCCAUUGCUUCCAGGCUCAGAUGAAGCUGGAGGUGGUGGACAAAAGGAGCCCCGGCCUGAUACGGGUGGCCACAGUGGAGGAGGUCGACACCCACCGCAUUAAGAUCCAUUUUGAUGGCUGGAGUCAUAUGUAUGAUGAGUGGAUGGACUCGGACCACCCUGACACCCACCCGGUCGGCUGGUGUGAGAGUACGGGUCACCCGCUAAAAAUCCCACCCCCUGAGUCCAACAAAACCCAACAGCUUGACCCCAGGGAACCUGCAACCACAGGCCAGUCCAGUUUCUCCUCCAUGCCUUGCAAAGUAAUCAACCACUCCAGAUCCACAAAGUACAGCUUCCAUCACAGGAAGUGUCCAACGCCUGGAUGUGAUGGCUCGGGUCAUGUGACUGGGCGGUUCACAGCGCAUCACUGUCUGUCAGGCUGCCCAUUGGCUGAGCGAAACCAGGGCAGACUCAAAACCGACCUAUCAGAUACAGAGGGGAGCGGAGCCAAGCGGAACAUCUUAAUCUUUGGCCAAAGGACCAAAAAGUCCCGGUACCAUGGCAGGAUUGGUCGUCCCCCCAAGUAUAGAAAAAGCCAGCACAGAGGUUACCAGACGAUGGCCACAGAGGGUAUGUGCCCGUCUCUGUUCAUGUCUGCCCUGUCGGCCCACCCGGACCGAACCCUGUCUCUGUGCUGGGAGCAACACUGCAAACUGCUGCCAGGCGUCCAGGGCAUCCAUGCUACACAGGUGGCAGCAUGGACCGUGGAGGAGGUCUUUGGAUUUGUCCAGAAACUGACUGGUUGUGAAGAACAAGCCUGUGUCUUCAAAGAGGAAAUGAUUGACGGGGAGGCCUUCCUAUUACUGACACAAACUGACAUCGUCAAAAUCAUGAACAUCAAACUUGGUCCCGCCCUCAAGAUCUCCAACGCCAUUUUAAUGUUCAAGAGUAUUGACGAAGGCCUCAAGUGAUCCUGUCCCCACUCGGCCAGAGACUCCGUGACUAAUCAUCAUGUGCCAAAAUCAUCCAGAACCCUACCCCUGUUAUGUGUUUGGUGUUCAGUACCCAUCAGAGAGAGAACAGGAGAGGGGGCUGAGAGAUGAAAGUGGGGUGAGAGUGGAAAAGAGAUGGGGACAGAACUGAGAAAGAGAAAGAAAAAAAACUGGGAAAAAGUGUAAGCAAAUGUUUUUAUAAGGUUGCUUCACUGCUCGUGCAAUAAAAUGAGUCAAAUCUUAACUGAAAGUGUAAGAAGCGUCAAAAGAUAAACUUUUGUAAUUUAUGCAAAAUAUAUGGAAUUAUUUAUGUGGGAUGAUGUUUUACUGCAAUUUUUUUGUCACAGAUUUGAAAUCCGGCGGGAUUUUAUGCUGCUGUUUCUUUACUUGGUCACUAGAUACAGCAUAUGGACAGUUUCUAAGACCAGAAAAGGUUUAAAGUUUCUCAAGUAUUGAUCUUACGUGAGAUAAAUUCAAAAUAUGAACUUUGUUUCGAACAUUUGAAAAGGUUUACAUUUUCUCUCAGAAAUAUCAAGAUAUCUGGGGGAUUUAUUGUUUUGAAUCAUUUUUAUAUUUUAUGUAGGUUUAUGCACUGUAUUUAAAUAAAAUCAUACAAGGGCUCCAGGAUUCCUAUAGCUAUAUUUCUCUCUGGUGGGCGAAACUGUAUCACCAUAUUCUUGGAUCAAAAUCGUUCAUUCCAUAUGUACAAAUAAAUGUCCAAUUCAAUCUCUUA